GAUCAAUAACAAACAUGGUGCUCGAGCACAGGUUGUCGGUUCCGGUUUAGUUCUAGAUUUUUUUUAUUGCAAUCUCCCACGUAACCGAAAUAAAAAACAAUAUUAAUAACAAUUAACAACGAUAGAAAAAGAAAGUUCUUCGGCCCAUUUAAAAAUCGCGAGGCGUCGCGACGCCGAUACGUUACCGCGUCGCGUUUACGUUUACUUUGACGUGUUUCCACCACACAUGUGGGCGGUUUACCUGUCAAAAGUGACAGAAGUAUACUUUUUCACAUAUGUUUUCAACUUUGGCCGUCUAGAUUAUUAUAAGAGACUUUUUUUAUGGAAAAGUUUUUUAAGAGGUGUUAAGGCUGAUAUUUAAAGGACUGAUUUCAAUAAAAACCUAUUGAACGUCAAUUUUUUGAUAUUUCCGCAUCUUCCUAUAGCCACAUGGUGAAAGUUAAGGAAGACCUGGAUAUGGCAGAGCCGGCUCAGCCUUAUAGCCGAAGCGGAAGAUCCUACCAUUCGCAUUAUCACGCGCAUUACGGACCUUCCAGACAUCAUCAUUGUUACACAUCCAGUGAUGUUGAUGGAAAUUCUAAUAGAAACGGCGGUGGGUCAACUUCCCCUGCGAGUUUUUGUAUCGGACCGGGAUUUCAACCACAAAACUCAACGAUUCAAGGAGUUAGCGGAAAUAGAGGAAACGAAAGCGGAAGUAGCUCUUCCUACUCGAGUGGGAAUCAGACUCACGAACACAUCGUCCAUUUUCAUGUUAAUCCAGGUGUCAUUAUCAAUUUUCAAAUCGGCGAUAACGUUCAAGUACUUAGAGGUCCCGUAACAGUUCCAAUGGUAUCAACGAAUUCAUCCCCACCAGUGGCAAUGCCAGUUCAAGUUCCUCCAGGACACAUGGUGCAACAGAUCGUUGAUGAAAACGGUACCUUGCGUCACGUCAUCAUCUCAACCCAACAUCCACCAGGAGUGCUAUUACCACCACACAACGCACCUCAUUACGGUACAGCACCACCAAAUGGUACGAAUCAAGGUCCACAACCGUUAAUGUACCCUCACCAUCACGGGGUACACUUUCCACCACCUCACUUUCACUCAAACAUCCCCCCCGGGCAUUUACCCCACGGUCCUGCCAACGCCCCGAACGCCGGGCACUCGCCGCCGCCGAGCCACGCCUAUUAUAAGGACGAAAGGACACAUCGGCAACAUAAUAAGCUCAGGAAAAAAUUGCAUGACAAGCAACAGAAGGGUGGUAUCGUCACGGGUGGUGGUAAUGGGGAUGCCGGUGGCCCUAAUAGUCUCUCUCCCAUGAAAGAUUUGGUGAACGGUCUCACCAGAUCCCACAAAGAAAAAGGAAUGAAUAGUGUUGGUACAUCUGAAGAUGGCGAAGAAAGUAGUAGCGUUCAAGAUGAAGAAGAUUCAAUACAUAUUAUUACCGAUAUUUUAUCGUCAGUACAAGCACCGAAGGUAUCAGAAUUGACGUCUCGAAGUGCCUUAUUACAAUGGGCACCGCCGUUACGCCUUUCGGAGGCGUCUAGUAACGAUAGCCAUGAACAAGAACUGAACGAAGAAGAUUUACGUUACGAAGUCCUUUUAAGUAGCGAUAAAAGCAAAGAGCAAAUGAAAUACAAGUCAAUUUACAGUGGUGAUUCUCUUUCGUGUCGCAUCCAAGAUCUGAAACCUGGCCAAGAGUACUCGGUAUGCUUACAGGUGCACCUUGAAGAAUUGCAAGGUUCCGCGACGGAACCCAUCAAGUUUACGACACCACCGUGCGAACCUGAUCAGCCGCAACCUCCGAAGUUAGUGUCGCGUUCAAAGAAUAGUUUACAAUUAAGGUGGAAUCAUGUUAACGAAAACGGAUCGCAGAUUAUCCAUUAUAUUUUGGAAUACGAUGAGGGUAAAAAUGGGGAGUUUAUUGAGAUUCAUAAAAGUAAAGGAAAACAUCAUAAUCAUCAUCUCCAGAAGUUGCAACCAUCGACGAGUUAUAAAUUUAGGUUGGCGGUUUUAAAUGAAAUUGGUAAGAGUCUUUAUUCGGACGUUGUAGCUUAUACAACGGCAGAAAAUGCGCCAUCGCAACCCGCACCUCCCACAUUAAAAGACUCGACUGAAAGCACUUUGCAUUUACAAUGGCAGAAAAGGCCUGAAGAUCACAACUUUGUCUUACAAAUUAACGAACAGAAAUAUGGAUUUUUAACUGUUUAUAAUGGAACGGAUUCUGAAUAUGUUUGUAAUAAUAAAUUAAGAAGGUUUAGUGAUUAUGUUUUUAGAUUACGUUCUAAAAAUGAAGGUGGUGAUUCUCCGUGGUCAUCUGAAGUUACAUUCCGAACUCUGCCUGAUAGGCCUUCAAAACCAAUUAAACCGGCAGUGAAAGGUCGAAUCCAUGCGCAUUGUUUCCGACUUAAAUGGGAACCAGUUUCGGAUACGGGUGGCGCCGAGGUUACCGAAUACAUCUUGGAAUUAAACUCUGGCAGCGGAUAUCGAAGGGUCUACACUGGAAUAGAAACGGAAGCAAUUUGCGAUAAUUUAGCACCUGGAACAACAUACCAACUCAGAGUAUGUUGCAAAAGCAUAGGUGGGCACAGUGAUUAUUCGGAUCCAUGCACGGUCACAACCGAAGCGAUCACUCCAUCGAUUUGCCAAGGUCUUAAAUUGGUUGGAAAACCUCGAGCUACAAGCUUAGGAUUGAGAUGGAAUGAACCGGAUUAUUACGGUGGCGCACCAAUCUUAGAAUACGAAGUCUUCACCAUCAAUUCAGACUCUAGUCCGAACCUAGUCUGCAAAACGAAGGAGUGCGAAAUUGUUGUAACAGAUCUGAGGCCUGGUACUGAAUAUACUUUUAGUGUCAGGGCAGUAAAUAGAGUUGGCCCUGGUCCGUUUUCGGAAUAUACAAAUAUAUGUAGUGGGGCAGCACCUCCAAAUUGGCCUGAAAAUGUUGUAGUCAUCAGCGAAUCACCAAAACAUGUUAUUGUGUCUUGGAGCGAACCUAGAGAUAAUGGGGCGACUAUUAAAGAAUACAAAUUAGAAAUGAGUCCAGGUUUAUCAAAAUCCCCCAUGCAAUCAUGUAGCAGUGAAUCAAAAGAGUCUUUAACUGGUAGAGAUUUACGAAAUAUACCUAACGAUGAUCAAUUCCAAAUGGUUUAUCAAGGACCCGCCUUGAGCAGUGAUAUCAAAAAUUUAACACCGUCCACAAUAUACUUUUUCCGCGUACAAGCGUGUAACAGCGCAGGAUGUAGUCCUUUCUGUCCAAUUGUAGAAGCUAAAACUCCCCCUGCGCCACCUUCCCUAAUUUCAACACCAAAAUCAAUGGUAACCCCGACAAGCAUUCACUUGUGUUGGCAAGAACCCGAAUGUUACGGAUGUCCCGUUAUUUAUUAUAACAUCGAAUUAGGCGAGCAAAGUUACAGAACGGAAGGAUCCGAAUCCGAAUUUACCAUUGAAGAUCUAACGCCUAAUACAGUGUACAAAGUAAAAUUGCAAGCAAUUAGUUCCGUGGGUAUAGGUCCAUUUACGACCGUGAAAUUAAUGACCGCGCGAUUGCCGCCAAGCCCACCAAAACUUGAAUGCAUUGGGACUAGUUACAAUUACCUGAAAUUGAAAUGGGGCGAUGGAAAGAAUCAAGAUUAUACGACGUAUUAUUUAGAAAUGGCUAAUAAUAGAACGAACGAGUUUCAGAGGAUAUUUAAAGGAACUUCUCUUACCUUCAAGGUUACUAAAUUACAAGAAAUUACCAUAUAUCGGUUUAGAAUAAGUGCUAAAAACGAUGCUGGAAAAGGAGAGUUUUCUGACGUUUAUGAAUUUAAAACCAUCAUUGCCCCACCUGCUGCUGUUCGAACACCGAAAGUUAUUGAAGUUGAACAAAGACAAUGCGUCUUGGAAUGGAAUGUUUCGAAAAAUAAUACGAACGAUAAAAUUAUUUAUAUUGUGCAGCUCACCAAAUUAAGAGAACAAGAUUAUAAAGAAGUAUAUAGAGGUUCAGAAAUAACCUGUACUUUAGAUCAUUUAGAUCCUGGUACAGAUUACAGCGUUCGCGUUCUUCCGGUUCGUAUGACGUCAACCGGGGAAUUACUUGGUCCUCAUUCAUCCGACGCUACGUUUAAAACGGUAGCAAUCGAACCGUUGGUAUCUUCAAGGUCUCAGUCGUCCACAGGCGGAAGUCCGUUGCAUACCAGACAUAAAGCACACACCACGUGGCCGUACGUUAACUUUAAAACCAUAACAAAACAACAAAAGGUGUUCCUUAUGGCGGUAUUGGUAACCAUAUUCAGCAUUUUGGUCUCUAUGGUUAUUGGUAAGAUGGCGAUCUGAAGAGAAAACGCGCUCUCUUGGUGCAAUUAAUUAUAUAUCUUUUCUCUCUCUAUCUCACAUACACACGCAGAAAAAAAAACACACUCUCUAUUAUCCUAUUCAAUUACAUUUAGGUCAUAAAUUUACUAUAUUAUCGUAAAAGUAAUCGAUGAAAACAAAAAUGAAUUAAAAAAAAGAACAAAAAUUUAUUAAAAAAUAAAAAUUAAGUGAAAGAAGAAAGAAAUAGUGAAAACGUUUAAGAAAAGUAUAUUAUUUUUAUUGCGUUUUUUUUAAUAGCGGGGGAUUUUUUUUUGGUUUUUGAUAAUGGAAAGAGAUAAAGAAGAAAAUGAAACGAAAAAGGAGAAAGAACGCUCCCUUGUCUUAAGUAUUAUUAUUAAACAGGGCUUACUAUUAUAUAUAUAUAUAUAUAUAUAAAUAUAUUUUAUCAAUAUAUAAAAAUUUAUAUAUAUUAUACGAAAUGAAUAUAACGUUUAUAUACAUAUAUAUGCCUUCAUUGCGAAUCUUUAAUUCGUAAAUAUAUUGUAUAUGUAUAUAGACGAUUAUAUUAGAGGACCAAAGCGCUUUGUUUUGGUAUUUUUAUAUGUGGUUUUCCGUACUCUGUUUUCUCGGUGCUAAGUGAUGUGAUGCGGCGCCGUGGCCCCUCCAAACCAUAUGGGGGAACGAGCGCUGUUUGCUAAUAUGAUAAUAUUGUAUUUUUGUUAUUCCAGUCAGAUGUAUAUUAAAUAUUAAACGAAAAAAAAAUUAAAUAAUAAAAAAAACAUAUAUCUUAUAUGUGGUUGAUGGUUAAAUUAUUAUGUUAUAUAAAAUAAAUGAAUUUUACUAUUAUCUAAUUGAGAUGUAAGUGGCUGGAUUUGUAUUUGUACCUAGAUAAUUAAAACAAAAAUUAUUACUGUUCCAUGUAUGCGAAAAAAAAUCUAUUUACUAUUUAAAAAAAAAAAUGUAAACAAAUUGAUAAAUUAACGCAAUUAUUAAUUGAUAAGGAAUUGAUAUGUUUAUAUGUAUACACAGAUAUGGGAAUUAAUUAAAAUGGGCGAGUAUAUAUAAAAAGAUAAUGUUAUUAUAAACGCAUAUAUGAGGAUCUGUAUAACUAUGGUGUUAAAAGUGUAGUUAUAACGAUGCAAUCUAAUCAACUUCAUUAAUUUUUAUUAUUCAGUUGGAUAUAGUGGGAAAUUGUAUUUCGUGCUCAUGCACAAAAUUCAAACAGAGAUAUAUUAAUAUAUAGGUAUAUAUACACAUAUAUAAAUAUAAAUAAAUGAAUUAUAUUUUA